CUCCCGCACACAGACUCCGACGCGGUCCCUGCAGUAAAAGCCACAAACCGGAGCGGCUCGGAAAUCGAGACGGGACGGCAAAAACAACGCGACGGCGCACGCCGCAAACGUGCAACCUCUUUAAAAGCGUCACCUGAUCAUCAUUCCAGGAUUGACGAGAAACAGAAGCGGGAACAGUAUCGCGGACACCGGCAAGCUCGGUUAGACGUUCGAUAAGGGAAAGUGUCACGUAGGGAGCUGACAGAAGGGGUAAUGUUCCAUGGAUAUAAAGCACAAUGAAAAGCAAGCAACCCGAUCGGACAAACUGCAGCUCUUCUGUUGAUGGGGAGAGGUCUCGAUAAUGCUACAAAACAAAAUCGUGCAGCGCCGUGGGAUAUCCGUCACGCAUGGAGAACAUUUUACCAUGAACAUACUGCAUCGAUACAAAAACAAAACAGUUUAAACAAGGAACGAUGAGCGCCGAUAACGAGCCGUGCCUGUACGUACAUGUAUGUGAACCCCACGAGUACAGGGAAGGACUCCACGGGGACACGGACGUCAUGGGAAAGAAUGCGAUGGUCACUGGUUAAUCGGUGAGGUCAUCUCCUGGAAUGAGGCAUGGACGUAAUGAAAUUCAAGGAGUAAAAAAGAAGAAGAAGAAAAAAAAAAGAGAAAGAUCGAUGCUCUCUCAGUUUGGCCUGGACCGUUCUGUUCCUUGGAGAUAUUUACAAGACAUCACGUGGAAAAGAAUGGCCAGGAUAAAGGAUCGUUCUAAAUCUUGAUACAACACAGACUUUUCAGGUCUGUGGAUAAAUAAAUCUAUCAUGCCAAGUCAAGGACUGCUGUGCAUAUCCAGAAAUAAGGAUCUACCCUGGGAACAGCUGCAUGAGAAAAAACACAUUGGCUUCAAAAAAGCAGAUUCUUGUCCCAUUAGCACUUGGUCUGUCCUUUGGUUAGUCCUAGUGAAUUAUAUCCUGUUGGGAUGUUGUCCCGGUGUGUUUGCUGGAGAGACAUGGGGCAUGGUUUCCAUCUGCCCCUUCCACUGUGUGUGUCGGAACCUAUCAGAGUCUCUAAGCACGCUCUGUGUUAAUAAAGGACUGCUCUUUGUCCCUCCCAAUAUUGACCGCCGCACUGUGGAGCUCCGUCUUGCAGACAACUACAUCCUGGAAGUCGGUGGGCCUGACUUUGCAAACAUGACCGGAUUAGUGGACCUGACGUUAUCUCGUAACACUAUCCACAUCCUGCGCCCACUGGCUUUCGGAGAUCUGGAAAGCCUGCGGUCACUUCACCUGGACACUAACCGGCUGACUGUGGUGGGACCUCAGGAUCUAACAGGCCUUCUUAACCUUCAGCAUCUUUUCAUCAACAACAACCAGCUCACAGAUGUCUCAGCUGAUGCGUUUGAUGACUUCCUGCUCACUCUAGAAGACCUGGACCUGUCGUACAACAACCUUCGCAGAGUUCCCUGGGAAGCCAUCCAGAACAUGGCCAGCCUAAACACCCUUAACUUGGACCACAAUCUUAUAGACCAGAUUGCUGAGGGCUCUUUCAGCGAGCUUUAUAAGCUUUCUCGUUUGGAUAUGACCUCAAACAGGCUACAGACACUUCCCCCCGAUCCCCUGUUCUCUCGGUCACAAAUUGGCAUAGUCAGUCCAACACCCUACAACGCCAUCAUCAGCCUGAAUUUUGGUGGAAAUCCUUUACAUUGUAACUGCGAGUUGCUGUGGCUGCGGAGGCUGAUCCGUGAGGAUGACAUGGAGACCUGCGCCACACCUGCACACCUCGCUGGACGUUACUUCUGGUCCAUCCCAGAGGAAGAGUUCAUAUGUGAGCCUCCAUUAAUCACCCGGAACACUAACAAGCUGUGGGUCCUAGAGGGGCAGAGGGCGAUGCUUAAGUGCCGUGCUAUCGGUGACCCUGAGCCAGUCAUCCACUGGGUAUCCCCAGACGACCGAAUCGUGGCCAACUCCAGCCGCAUACACUCGUAUUACAACGGAACCCUGGAUUUUCUGGUAACUCGUGCCAGGGAUGAUGGAGCUUACACAUGCAUCGCUAUUAAUGCGGCUGGAGAGUCCACUGCACAAGUGGAGCUGAAAAUCAUCCCACUGCCCCACCGAGGAAAUGGAACAGUCCCACUUAUUAACCCCCGAGACCCUGGCGCCUCCGAUAUGAGUCGUGAUAGAGGAGGGGCCGUAGGAGGGAUGGUUACUGUGAGGAACGUGACCGGAAGUGAGGGCGAGGACGGAACAAGCAGUAGCAGCACUAGAACGGAGCGAUUGGUAGGAGUUCAGGAAGUGACCUCGAACUCGGCUCAGGUGCACUGGUUUAUGGGCAGAACCUCAACACCUUACUUGGUGUGGAUGUACCAGAUUCAGUACAAUAGUACAGCCGAUGAUGCUCUUGUGUACAGAAUUCUGCCACCUACCAGUAAUAGUUUCCUGCUGAAAAACCUAGUCUCCGGUGCAGACUACAGCCUGUGUGUUUUGGCCAUCUUUGACGACGGCAUAUCCACCUUGGCCACGACGAAAGUGUUAGGUUGCACCCAGUUCAGCACUAAAGAGGAUUAUCCAGAAUGCCGUUCUCUGCACGCUCACUUCCUCGGUGGCACGCUGACCGUGAUGGUAGGUGGAGUGGUGGUGGUAACAUUGCUGGUCUUCACCGUGGCUAUGAUGAUGCGACACAGAGUGUGUGGAGGUUGUCAAGAACAUUUCGGGCAGUUGGGGGAAUUCCUGCCAGCCAAAGGGGUGGAUGUUUAUGCCCAGACUAACGGAAAUAACAGCAUGAUGGUGGCUUUGCCAAACAGGUUGCUGGCCCAGCAAACAAGGGCGGUCCAGGCAAAAGCCAAGCAUAAGGAGCACAUGCUGGUGAAACUGAGCAAUGAGCCUCAGUGCAGUCAGGACUCAGACAUGGACCUAGUGAUGCAGAAACCUAAUGCCUCUUUUACAACAGAGGGUGAGAAAGCGACAUUCUACCACUCCCCAGGCAAAAGUGCACACACUUUGCCCCACCCGGCUCACAAAGCUAUGACGCAUGACUGCAAGCUAAAGCUGCGGAGGUCUCUAGAGAGAGACAAGGACAACGACACAAUGCAAGGUGUAAGGCAGUCUUUAACCUCACUGGCCCUCACUCAGUCAGGGCAGGUGGGACAGGGAAUUAGCCCAAAUUGGCCCAGGGAGAGGUGCGUUUUAGGGGCCAAGCGUAGCUGCUCUUUCGACGCAGGUGACAUCACGACCGCCACCUGUUACAGCUACGCCAAGCGCCUGAGCGUCAUCUGGACCCGCCGCAGCCAGUCGCUACACAGCAUGCUGGUCCACUGCGCCUCCACCACCAGCACGUCCAGCACAGCGAGCGAGCAGUAUAGCCACGUACUGGUGCACGGGUACCUGCACGCUUACGCCUCCAACAACUCAAACUCCAACUCAAAUUCAAACUGUAGCAUGGACGCCAAUCCUGGAGACCUGGAGGAAAGCGUGGUGUAGGGACUGAUGCAAGAAAAGCAAGACUGAAAUAUUAAGUAGGGGGGAAGGGGGAGGGGGGGCAUUUUCAGCAUGUGCCAAGCUAGUAAAUGUGCCACUCAAAAUGAAGUAAAUGUUUUCUUACAAUGAAAGCAAGAAAAAAUAAAUAAAUAAAAU